AUGUCAGAUCGCGAAUUUAGUGCCAACGACGACUUGUCGCUACCUAAAGGUAUGUCGCCUUCCUCCGUGUUGUCGCGUCGCAUCAACUCCACCACAUUCGAGGUCGACGGGGCCGUCACUCCUUGCUUUGUUUUCACCGGAUUCACGACGGUCCAAAAGAUCAUCACCGAGAUCCUACCUCCCUCAUCCGGCCAGACUUUCUCCAAAGAUGCCCGCGAUCUCCUCAUGGAAUGCUGCGUCGAAUUCAUCACCUUGAUCUCCUCCGAGGCCAACGACAUCAGCGAAAAGGAAGCCAAGAAGACUAUCGCCUGCGAACAUGUCGAACGCGCCCUUCGUGAUCUCGGUUUCAGCGACUACAUCCCCGAUGUGCUUGCCGUCGCGGAGGAACAUAAAGAGCAGCUGAAGUCACGAGAGAAGAAGCAGAGCAAGAUGGAGCAAAGCGGGUUGUCCGAGGAGGAGCUUCUACGGCAACAACAGGAAUUGUUCCGCUCAGCUACCGAGAAGUAUCAUGCUGCUCCGGAGUAA